AUGAGCGACCAUUCGAAAUAUUACAUCACAGGGGCUUUCAUAUUGGGUGCAGUUGUGGCUAUUGGGCUUCAAAGCUUUCAACAGCACAAUCGGGAAGCAGCAGCUGGGCACCAAUUAAAGCAACAGCAGAUUACUUUACGCAGAUUCUCGAAGAUCAACGAUUUGGACAUUUUGAAGAAGAGUCUCGCGGAUAUCGAAGUUGCUUUGGAGAAAGGUGCAGGAAACAUCAAAGAGGGUAUCGAAGGUUGCAUCGGCGAUACUCCACUCAUCAAGAUCAAGUCUUUAUCAGAAGCUACUGGUUGUGAAAUACUUGGAAAGGCGGAGUUUUUGAAUGGCGCCGGUAAUAGCCCGAAAGAUCGGGUUGCGCUCAGCAUUAUCCAAAUGGCCGAAGAGAAAGGACUUCUUGUUCCACACUCUGGCGACACUAUCUACGAAGGUACUGUCGGCAGCACAGGCAUUUCACUUGCUGCAAUAUGUCGAGCACGUGGCUACAAAGCACACAUCUGCAUGCCAAACGACAUGGCAGUCGAAAAGUCAGACCUCCUGCUCAAGCUUGGUGCGGAAGUAGAAAGAGUCAAGCCAGCACCAAUCGUGGACCAGAAUCAAUUCGUUAACUUGGCCCGAACAAGGGCAAAAGAGCAUACUGAGAGCGAAGAAAAGCUUGGAAGAGGCUUGUUCGCAGAUCAGUUCGAGAAUGAAGCUAAUUGGCGGGCGCACUUCACGGGAACAGGGCCAGAGAUCUACGAGCAAACGGGCAGCUUCGUGGAUGCGUUCGUUGCUGGUGCAGGUACUGGAGGUACAAUAUCUGGCGUUGCCCUGUUUUUGAAGUCAAAGCUUCCGGACAUCAAAAUCGUGCUUGCCGAUCCUCAGGGCAGUGGCUUGUUCAACAAAGUAAAGUAUGGGGUUAUGUUCAAUCCCACAGAAAGAGAAGGCACACGGAGAAGGCACCAGGUUGAUACCAUCGUGGAGGGCAUCGGCAUUAAUCGCGUCACGCACAACUUUGAAGUCGGCCGUGAACUUAUCGAUGAUGCUAUCAGGGUGACGGACGAGCAAGCCACUGGCAUGGCCAGGUGGCUGGUAGAGAAUGAUGGUAUUUUCGUUGGCAGUAGCAGUGCUGUGAACUGUGAUGGUGCAAGACACCUCAGCAAAUUUUGGGCCAACAAAGACGUUGGUGGAGCCGAGAACGAUGUGUCAUUGGAGGAGAUUCUAGCUUCUUGA